AUGCGACUGGAGCCUGAGCUGGGUCAGUCUGGGCGUAACGGGACGGCAACACGGAACAGUGCACAACAGAGCGCGGCGUCACACAGACAGCUGUCGGUCGCCAUCCUUUGGCACGUUGGCAUAAUUCGCAGCGUCGGUGAGGCUUUCGAGAGAAGACAAUUAGUGUUGCUGGAGGAAGUGCGCGCACAGGCCGGCCCUAAAGACGCAAUUCACCUCCAGAUUCGUCCACAUUUUCUGCGACCACUAUCAUAG